AUGGCUUCCAACGGGUCCCCGUAUCUCAAUGCCCUCGUCGGAGAGUGGGAAGCAAUUCCACCGGAGAUCUUGGCCGGUGGCCAGCCAAAUUCUGCGGCGAAGGAAUCGACGCCCGAGGCUGGAGCUUCGAGCGCCACUAAAACUGUACCGGAGACAGAGCUAGAAGGUACCGCGCGCCUAGAAGUUCCAUCAGGACCGAAGGUUCUCGUCACCCCGCUUGCGGCUGGUCGGAAACCUAGCCCUUCUCGAGAACGAACACCCUCCCCUCCACGAAACCCUCCCGGACACGUGAUUGUCACUCCAGUAAAGGGUAGCCAGAGGUCGCAGUCGGGCGAAGAGGUCGGCGCUGGAAGCGACGAUGAAAGUCAUCUGGAGGUGGUGAUUCGCGGACCGGCCGGGCGUGAGCACGUUGUCCUUGCUGGAUUGGAGGGUGUGGCACUCGUGCCUGAAGAGGUCCUGUUGGUGAAGCUCUUUGGCGAAGGGUUUCAGGGUAGCGUAACGGUGCGCCGAGAGAACGCUCGUGCGGAAGUGUCUCCGGAGUGGCUGGAUGAGCGUUUCACCUUCGUUCUCAGGCCUGGGUGCUAUGUGGCGGAGGGGCUCCGCACAUCUCGUUCGGGCAGCAGGGCGUCGGGUUCGUCCGAUGAUUCGGCUAGGAAGAGGUUGAGCUCUGGAAACUCGGGGCUUCUGGGAACAAGAGGGCAGUUCUCGCAGGCGGGAAGCAUUCAGCAGAGAAGGGUGGCCUCUGUGAGCGUUUCUAGGGGCAGUCUGCUUGACUCGUUGGCGAGGAGACAGAGUGGGGUAUCGAAACUAUUGCCGGCUAGAAGCAGUAAGGGAGGGGGAGGAGAGAGCGAAGUUAGCACUCCGGGAAGCAUCGAAAUAAGGGGAAGAGAGGACGAGGUUAAUUCAGGGGUUGGGUUCAAGGUGCCAAAGGAUAGGAAGGCAAAAGUACACACAGCAGAGAAGACAGAAGGGAAGAGAAAAUCGUACAGUGUAGGAGAGAGCAUUAAGUCCCCUGUUCAAUUCCGGGACAAGGAGGUCGACAAAGCAUUGCAGGAGGAAAUGACAAAGGGCCAGUCCCUAGAAAAACUCGUGGACAAGAUACAACCCCUGACAGAUUUGGCGCGAGCAAAACGUCUAUUAGAGGCUGGCCGCGCUGCGGCGGCUGGUCAGAGAGAUUUGACGAAGAAGUACGGAGAAAUGGAGUUCAUGGCGAACUCUCCUUUCGAAUACGUGCAACACAUCGUGUAUCCCGAGCAAGUUCAGAAAGGAAGCGGGAGAAUACCCUGCACCUUCAUGAUGAGCACGCAGGGGAUGGGGUCAGGACUAGGGACGGCGUAUAGAAUGAGCACGCCUGGCAAAGACUUAUACGGGCAGACGCUGUAUGUAGAUAGUCAGAAGGUUACGACUGGAGGAACAGACUAUCUUUUCCAAGCAUUAGUGUACUCUCCGACGGAAAAAAGAAUUCUCGAAAUAGCAGCAGCAUUACUCCCUUCAGAAAGCAGAGAAUGCAUCAAAGAGUUCUGCCGCCUGCUCAAAGAGGUGUGCAGUAAGGGAUUUACAGGGGAAGGGAAGUUCGCUGCAGUAGAGCCCUUCGAGUUCAGCUCCUUCAAGAUCAGUGCAGACGCGGCUGGUGGCAUCAGAGUAGGGUGGAGAGAGGAGUUUCCUGAAAGAGAAGAUGGAAGAAACCAGUUCGUGGAGUGCGAGUGGCAUUGGGGGAAGAGUCUACGGCAGUUUGAGGCGAAGUUUUCGGAGGAAUGGAUGGUGAAAGACCACCGGAAAAAAGUGAAGAAGUUUCUGGUGGCGAAAGAGAACGAGCGAGAGGAUGCGAAAAGGAAGCUGAGAGAAUGGUACGACAGGCACUUGGGAAACGGGGAUCUGAGAAAGGAGGCUAAAAGCUGGUCGGAGUUCUGGUUUAACAGGGCGCAUGAGCUUGGGCAUUGGGGUUUGCCGGAGGAUCCGGACUUCGUGGACGAGGAACUGAUGGUGGCGGGUUUCAUCAACCCGACUAGUAACUUGGCAGAGGUUGCUAAUGCCGGCUUCUGGGUGAGGCAAGGGGGGAAGAAAGGAGGGUAUCCGACUCCGGCGGAUGUGGUCCAGAACCAGACGCGAGCGGCGCUUGUGCAGAUUGCACAGAGGGUGGAGUUCGAGAGAGCUGGAAUAACAGGAAGUGGCCCUGCGGCUGGGGAGCUUCGGGAAAGAGCGGAGGAGAGGAAGAGACGGUUGGAGAGGGAUCGGCAAGAAGGGGAGGAGAUAGAGGGGGUGGAAAGCGAGAGGGUGAAAAGAACAAGACUGAGCGUAGGAGUCGGGAAUGGGGGGCCGGUCGGUGUUGUGAGAAGAGGUGGGGAGGAAGGGGGUCAAGUAACGGAGCGGAGCACGCAUAGACACGAUCAGACGAGGAUCGAGAGGUGGCCUCGAGGGAGUGAGUUCAGAUCGGGGAAGAAGAAUAUGGACCUGAACCUCGAGCCGGAAGAAGACACAGCUUCGCUGCUCGAAGAGGACGUGGAGGCACAGAAAAGAAGGUGGGACGAACUUAAAAGUCAGAGUGCAAGAAGGGAAGAGAUGGAGCACGAAGAAGAGAGAAGAGAGGGUGGGGCAGGACCGUGGAUGCAAGGAAGGGGAGAGAUAGGAGAAGUGGUAGGGGAAGAGAGAAGGGAAGAAAGGGUUGAGGAGGGAGGGGAGGCGGACGAUGAGGAGGUGUUAGUGGAAGGGGAAGAAAGGUACGCAAGGACGGAGUGGGUGAUUGGAAGGUUAGACGUCGACGAUUGUGCUGCUUGCGUGGGGAUGGUGACCGAGAAAGAUAAGUGCCCGGUGACGGUGUUCUCAAGCAACAAGACGGCGGAUGGAAAGGGCCAGCUGGUGUUUAUCAAGCAUGGUUUAAGAAAGUACUACGACAAAGUUGCCGGACGAACGAUCGACACGGGAAAGGUGUACAUGGCUAGGCUGAAAAUGUGUGCGGGAGGGGCUUGCAAUUCGUUGAAUGGAUCGAUGGCAAAGUCGGAAAAAGCACCCGACCUAGACAGUGUCUUCGGAGUGGCGGAAGGGUCGGAUGUGACUGACGAGGAUGUAGAGGAGUUGAGGAGGAGAGGAGUGAAGGUGGAUAGGUCAAAAGUGGUAAAGCUUGAGAAAGGUGCCCCGGCGCUGCCGUUCAACCCGUUGAGAGUAGUGGGAGAGUCGGAGGAAUAG